AAUCAAUUUCUCGACCAACGGUUAUUUGAGCCUCGACUACAGAAGAAGGAAGAAUCAUUAUUGCAACACAUUAUUGCAGGGGGAUCCCACUAGCGGUUAAAUUACCGAAUCAUCAUGUGGAGAAUAAUAGUAUUGUGUACAAUUAUGAGUUUGACUGUCGCUGAAAAAUUUUCUUAUAAGAAUUAUAAGGUCUUUAACUUUAUUUCGCUUACGAAAGCGAAAAUCAGUUAUUUGAAGGAACAAAUUGAUGAAUUCUUUUUCUGGGAAGAGCCACCCAUCCUGAACAAGGAAUCGGUAAGUCUUAUGAUCGCUCCCCACAAAUUAUCCAAAUUCUAUCAGAUAAUGAGGAAGAAGGGUAUAUCUUAUCAGUUGCUCGUCGACAACGUUCAAGAACUGGUAAAUCGAACAACUGAAUCAAUAUAUUCAGGAAAUGACACACAUAAUUUAAAUAUAUUUCCUUUCAACAAAUACCCCACUCUGAACGAAAUCUAUGACUAUAUUAAUAAUUUAACCUUGAAUUAUAAUGAUAAAGUAAAAAUUGUCACGAUUGGUGAAACAUACGAGGGCAAUAAAAUCUUGGGUGUUGAAGUCUCGUUUAACAAUACAAGUAAAAAUCCUGGAAUCUUCCUCGAAGGUGGCAUUCAUGGCAAUGAAUGGAUCUCGCCAGCGACUGUUAUAUAUAUUUUAAAUCAAUUAUUGACCAGCACAGAUCCGAAUGUUAGAGCUAUGGCUGAAAAUCAUGAUUGGUAUAUCGUUCCAUUGGUAAACCCCGAUGGAUACAAUUACACGCACACUACGGAUCGAUUGUGGAAGAAAUCACGUGCGCGGCAUGAUACGUUUUGCAUUGGUGUAGAUCUUAACAGAAAUUGGAACUAUACGUGGAGCAUAGGCACUGACGUGUACGACAGGUGCUCUAAUGAAUACGCUGGAUCUCAACCAUUCUCUGAACUAGAGACGCAUGCCUUAAAAAAUUAUUUGGAAACUAUUGCAGGCAAAUUUUACGCAUAUAUUUCGUUUCAUGGUUCUUCGCAACUUUUAAUAAUCCCCUACGGCAAAGCAGAUGUGGACGACUAUAGAGAAAUGUAUACUAUCGGAUUGGUUGCAAUUACAGCUCUCAGACAAAGAUAUGGAACUGAAUAUCGCAUCGGAAAUAAAGUGGAGACAGCUUAUUUUAUUAAGGGGUCCAGUACUAAUUACGUGAGAAAUAUGUAUAAAAAUAAUGUCUAUACCUAUUAUUUGCGUGAUUUAAAUUAUUUCGGCUGCUUGCUGCCGCCUGAUCAGAUAAUUCCGACUGGACAAGAGACUUUGGACUCUCUUGUAACUAUGUUUAAACAAAUAGAUAUUGACCAAUAUCCAUUACAGUGAGUCACAAAAUUGUAAAUUGUAUAGAACAAUUGUGUGCUGCUUCUAAAUAAUAUUAAUGAUACAUUCUUACUUUAUAGAAUAAGAAUAUUUAAGAAUAUU